ACUGCAUUUCCCCUUGCGCAGUAUAAGCCACAGAGUCACCAUAUAUAUACGCACGUCCGAUGCCACAGUGUUAAAGACAGCGACUACAACUACAAGCGAUCUGCAGACACACUGAAAGUGAGAGAGAGAGAGAGAGAGAGAGAGAAGGACAGUGAGCGAGAAAGAGAAGGACAGUGAGCAAUAGUAAUCGAGAAGCUGAGUAGUUGAGCGCUCAGUGUCUCAGCCUGACCUCUUUGCGUGAGCUGCAGCUGACGACCUGUUGGAGGAACCAGGAACCGGCGUCCAUCUGACGGUCACCACGGAGAUGCACACAGAGAACCACGGACCAGCGAGGACGUCAACCAGACCCACUGGGCUCAUCUGGCGUCUGUUUACUUGUUGAUUUCUUUGUUUAUGUAAUCAGUAUUUUUUUUUUUUAAGUUUUGUUUUGUUUGGUAUAUUUAUUUGCGCUUUGUUUUGUUUGCUGUUUGUUGUUGUUUUUUUUUGCGUGUUUCUGGAAAUGACUCUGGGUUUUUGGUCGUGACAAGACGCAUGGAAAUUUGCCCGUCUACCAUAGAGACCUACACACCUCCGAUUCAACUCGAAACCUUAAAAGUCAGACACUAACCGACAUUAACCAACUCUUUUCAAGGACACUCAAGAACUUUUUAUUAAAACAUUUUUUUUUCGUUUUCGUCCGUCAACCCUCCACCCCACCUCUAAGCCACCAGCGAGUGACCCGUGACCCGUGCCCCUUCGACCUUUGACUCUCGACCUUUGACUCUCGACUGCACCUACCAGGUAACGGGGGAGAGACUCAAAGCCAUGGCAGACGGUGGCAUGAUAGGGGCGUAUCCGCAGGUGUUUGUGGUGGACACCCAGGCUCCGCGCGGGCCCCUGCCUGUGCCAGUGUACCCGAGGCGGGGAGGCUGGCGCCACAGGCUCCUGUUCGCCCUGGUGGGCCUCGCGUUGCUGGGGGUCCUCAUUGAGGCCUGCUGCAUCUACAACCUGCACAGGGGCCAUGGAGAGACCAGUUUAGCAGAAAAGAUCAUCUCCAAUGAGAUAACAGAGAUCAAGCCAGAGAGAAAGCCAGCUGUUCUACUAAAAGGCUCCCGGUCUCCAGAGAGGAAAGACAAUGUUCUCCUUUGGACCCAGGAGGGGGAUGGAUUCCGCCAUCAGAUGGACUACAAGGACGGACUCCUGACCGUGAGGGAAGAGGGCUACUACUUCCUGUACUCCAAGGUCGCCAUCUCUGACAUCCACUGUAUACUAGUCAAGCACACAAUCAUGAGGAUCUCAGAGAGAUAUGGGGAUGGGAAGACACCCAUGGAACUGAUGCAGUCAGUGAGGUACCACUGUCCAAAGCCUCUGAAGGGGGACAAACAGGAGACCCAAGAUGUGACCAGCAGCUACCUGGGCGGGGCCUUCCACCUUUUUACAAACGACUCGGUGUUCGUGAAGCUGGAGGGUGGCCAGAUAAGAACUGGACUGAAGGAGAACUUCUUCGGGGCUUUCUUGUUGUAGAACUCAGCUGGGGGUCAGUUACCUGAUUACCCAGCUGCUUAGUUAUCACCUUGGUAACACAAGCAGUAACUAACUCUGGAACAGUGCUGGGAGCGUUCUGGCGGCACUUGAUUGGCUGUGUGGGCUGUUUGGAGACAAAAUGGGGGGUUAACAAAUAAAGUUAGGCAAACUUAGGUCAGACGAAGUUGGAUCCGACUAAUUCUUGAACCGGUGCCAAAUUCCCAUCUGAUUUGUUUGUGUAGUUUGAGCUGACUUAGAAGAUGAAACAUUCAACAUUCCUAGUCCACUAAAAAAAAAAAACAACAUAUAUAUUUACACACACACACACACACAUAUUUCGGGAGAGUAGGGGAGAGAGAUGAGGUGGGAUCCAGAAAUAACAUGGGCCAGACUCAAACCUAGGCCUACAUGGGCAGGUGGGCCCAUAUACGGUAACCCGUAGCUCCCUUUUCAGAUUCGAUUUAUGGCAUGGCAGGUCACACAGUGUAACAGCAAUAAUAAUAAUAAUAAUAAUAAUAAUAAUAAUAAUAAUAAUAAUAAUAAUAAUCGAGAGAUUCGAGAGAUUUGAGAGAAAGAAGUGACUCACAAGGAGUUUGACAUCAGCUGUGGUCUACUUAGGGGAAGCGAAACCUCCAUGAUGACACACAACAAGUUUAACUUAUUUAUUUAACAUUUUCACUCUCAGGGAUUUCAUCAGAGCAGAUUGUGUCAGGCGGAGUUUCACAAUUUGUUUUUCAGUCUGUGUGUGGCUCAUAUUUCUGAAUGAUACCUUGACAAAGUCAGGAUAGUCCAGCACUGUGUCCAACUUUAUAUUGAGUGUUCUUUAUGACAGUGUCCUCAAAUAGAUUAUAUAAUAAAGAAUUAUAUGUACUUGUAAAUAUUAUAUAUCAUGUGUUUUAAUAUUAGGUGUUUUUACCCCAAUACCACAAACCUAUGUGUAUUUAUGAAUAUAUAUAAGAAGUAUGUUUAGGAUAAUGCUUGGAUCCUGCUUCAUACGCCUAACCUUUUAACUCAUAAAUGUCAUAAUCUGAGUCCAUAUUUUUGGUGUGAAAUUA